CUCGAAUUCUUGCCACUCGCGAGCUUUUACCACUCGCUCGCGAUAAUCUAAUCCCAAUUCUUUCAUCACCGAUGUCAUCGUCCGUGCGCCCGGCGUCCAGGUCCAGGACGACAAGGGCGACAGCAGGUUCAACGGCGAGGGCGACGACUGGCCCGACGACAAGGGCGGCGUCCAGAACGAGGGCAGGAUCAGCAACUCCGGGGACGAGGACCGGCAUGACGACGAGGGCAGCAGCGAAGGCAGCUGCCAGCCCUGCCACCAGCGUCACAUCCUUGCCGCAGUCCCCCAAACGCCCCCUCAAACGAGCCGCGUCGACCAUGUCGCUCCCAACGCCGCCGCGGACGCAGAAGCGCAAGCGCAACCGACGCAGCGCGACCCCUCAGACUGACAGCGACACCGAGGAUGAGCGCGGGCCCAAGAAGCGCAAGACGUCGGAGGAGCGCACGAUGGACGAGGACGCAUUCUGGAUGUCGCGCGGGCUCGCCCCUGUCGCGGAGGCCGACGAGGAGGGGGAGAACGCAAACGCAGAGGGCAGCGCGGGGCCAUCCAACGCCGACGAGGAGCAACCAGUCCUGUUCCGCAAGCUCCAGCGGCAGGGCACCACGGGCAUGCCGCCGAUGUCGCCGCCGCCGUCGCACCGCAAGGUCGUGAAGGUUCGCGCGACGGCGACGAAGAUCACCGAGACGGUCGUGGUGCCGCGGCCCACGACACCGACGCCGAAGACGCCGACGAGGCGGGUGGUCACGCCGCGGACGCCCAAGCCGCGCUCUGUGGCCCGCGACUCCCCGGAGAACCCGUUCUUGGAGUCGCCGACGACGCCUACGCCCGCCAGUGGCCGGUCGAGCAGGGCAGAAAGCCCUGUGGCUGGACCUGCGAAGCUGCGUGACUCCCCUGAUCUGGAUGAGCGGCCCAUGCUCACCUAUGUCUAUCGCGGCACCAAGCGCCAAUUGCCCAAUCCGAACUGGGACCAUGCCAAGAACAGGCCCAAGUCGCCCGACCCGCGCAGCCUGCUCGACCCCAGCGACCCUGACUACGUCCCCGACCUACGCUGCGCGCCCAAGAUACUCUUCCCGCAGGCCCGCAAGGGCAAAGGCAAGGCGCGCGCAACCGUGCGUAAGAGCCAGCGUCACGUCUCCCCCGCUCUCGCCAGCGACUCGGACGGGGACGAUUAUGACGAGCGCGACACGCUGCCCUCGGUCAAGCUCGACUUCGGCGCGAUGGCGAGGGCUGCGCCCGAUUCGCCUUAGUGGUCUUGCUUGUUGAUGGCAUCCCGCCGCUCAACGUCGGCGGACUGCACUGUCCGCCGGCGCCAUUGUCCAGUCUCGUCUGUCCUUCACCCCGCCUACCGGUUCCAAUCUUUCACGCCUUCUCGAUAUAUAAUGACCGCCCGCCUCGAUUUGUUUGUCUGCGACAACGUAUCCCGCUUACCUACAGACUCAUUUCUUGUUUUCCCGUGCAUCGCAACGCGCUCCUUGCCAUGGCUUGCGCGCUCGCUCGUGCGUUUCUCGAUGUGCACCUUUCUUGAUGUGUAAUCUGAACCCCCAGACCAAUCUGUGAAUAUUUACGCCCCUUACGAUCUCAUUU